AUGUCCUUGAAGUUCGGCCUCAAUCUGAAGAACAAGGCGCCAAAUGGCCUCGCAAAACCAGGCACGAAGCCUGCCCUGAAAAAGAAGAAGCCAUUACUCGAUGACGAAGAAGACGACACCAAAGACGCCCCCAAGCCCGCAGACAACGCCCAAGAAAUCGGCGAAUUCAACUUCGACGACACCAUCACAACGGCCCCCGAAUCCUCAAAAUCAGCCCCUCCAAAGCCCAAAAAAGGUCAACCUCCCGUCCCUCCCACCCGCAAACCAAAGCCCAAACCCGACGACCCCACCCUCCUCGCCAACUCCGCGAGCGCCAAAGAAGCCGAACAACGCGCGCUCGACGCCCUCAAACACGAUGCCAACAUCUACAACUACGACGCUGCCUACGAUGCGCUCCACGCCGCCUCCGCGCUGAAAAAAGCCGCCGAGGCUGCGGAUCCCCUCGCGCGCGCGCCAAAAUACAUGGACAGCCUCCUCAACGCCGCCGAGCAGCGCAAAGCCGACCAAACCCGCGCGCGCGACAAGUUCCUCCAGCGCGAGCGCGAGAACGAAGGCGAUGAAUUCGCAGACAAGGAGAAAUUCGUUACGGGCGCGUAUAAGAACCAACAAGAGGAGAAUGCGCGCUUGGAAGAGGAGGAGCGCAAGCGUCUCGAGAAAGAAGAGGAGGAUCGCAGGAAAUACGGCAUGUUGGGAUUUCAUAAACGAAUGCUGGAGGAGAGAGAACAGAGGCACCGCGAGGCAGUCGAAGCCGCAGAGAAGGCUAGUAAAGAAGGCAUCGUCUUGCCCGUGUCUGGCGAGGAAGAAGGGAAAUUGACAGAGGCCCAACAAGUCGACGCCCUGCGCGCACAGGGCAAAGACAUACUGUUAAACGAAGAUGGCCAGGUCGCAGAUAAACGACAACUCCUCAAAGGUGGCCUGAAUAUCGUCGCGAAGCCCAAACCUGCCCCGUCCACAUCCGCAGCCGCUGCUGCAGCUGCGAGGCCAACAUUACCAAUCCACGCACCAUCCAAGGGCAGGAACGCGCAACGAGAGCGCCAGACGCACAUGGUCGCGCAGCAGAUCGAAGCCGCGGCGAAGCGCAAGGCGGACGAGGAAGCAGAGGAAGCAGCGAAACUGCAGCACGCGGCCAAGAGUCAGAAGACGCAGACGGAUAUCAUGGGGGCCAAGGAGAGGUAUUUGCAGCGGAAGAGGGAGGCAGCGGCGGCGAAGGAGAAGGCGGGGAAGUAG